AUGCAGACUUGUUUACCCUUGAUUCUGCGUUCAGCCGUUGACUCAUUCCUCCGCACCGUUCCCCGCCAACCCCGCCAACUCCGAUAUUCCUCAACCAACUCAACCAACCAACCCGGCAAUCACAAGCCAACUAUGGCCCAAGAGGAACGCCAGACAGACGCCGGGAGGCGUCCAAAGAAGCUAAUUUUCGCACCAGGUGACAUUGCACCAACCUCCAACAAGUCCACCCAAGAUGCCCAACCCCAAGCAAUCCCCGCAACAACCACCGACAAAACCGCAACCGAAACCGAAGUCCUCUCGAACGCCGCACGCGCACACCAGUUCGGCACAAACCCACCCCUAACCAUCUCACAAAUCCACGGCACGGAUCCCCUCUACCAAUUCCACAACUGGUUCCGCGACUCGCGGCUCCCAGCCUCCUCCGCCCCAGAAACAUGCACCCUAUCAACAGCCUCCCUGCCCUCGGGCCGCGUUAGCGCACGCGUCGUAUACCUGAAAGAACUCGACGAGCGCGGCUGGGUUGUCUACAGCAACUGGGGUAGUAGGGAAGGCAAGGGCGGACAAGUCUUCGGGCUCGGCGAGAGCGCCGAUACACUGGGCGCCAUGCCAGAACCGGGCUCACAGCCAACCGUGACCUCUGAGGUCGGCUCGGGAAAUAAAUGGGCCGCGCUGACGUUCAGCUGGGCGAGUGUUGAGCGUCAGGUCCGUAUUGAGGGCUUGCUUGAGCCGCUUAGUCGUCAGGAGAGCGAGAUGUAUUGGCGGACCCGCGAGCGCGGCAGUCGGAUUGGGGGAUGGGCGAGUUGGCAGAGUAGGGUUUUGUGGUCUGCGGAGCCGGCCCAGAUGGAGCAGAAUCAGCGGAGGAAGAGUGUGGCGAAGUUGCUAGACUCGGUUGUUCCGGCGGAUAUUGAUCAGACGGAUGUUGAUGAUGGGCGUGCGCUACUGGAGUCAAAGGUUAAGGAAAUGGAGGAGAGGUUUGCGGGUGUUGAAGAUAUUCCCCUGCCGCCUUUCUGGGGUGGUGUGAGGCUUGUGCCGGAGUCUGUGGAGUUCUGGCAAGGACGGCGGAGUCGCUUGCAUGAUCGAUUCCGGUAUGUGCGUAUUGAGGGUGAGGGGGCGGGUGCUAAAUGGCGAGUUCAGAGGCUGUCGCCGUAG